UUCUUUCUCGACCUAAACUAAGUGUUUCCUCCCAAACAUUUCUCAAUUCAAGCUACCGAAGCCGGCUUGAGUCGCCGAUGCUUGUAGUUAGAUUCACUAAUUGUGUGCCGUUGUCCCGAUAGACUUGACUUUGCUGCUACUGCUACACGCCAGAGGAAUAUUGUUUUAAGAUAUAUACGGUCAAAUAUUGACCGAUAACGCAGAUAAGGCCAUAAAAAUAGCCUCUUUGGCAAAACUUUAUCAGUGUCCCCAGCAACCUGCCGCCAGCAAGAUCUCAAACUCCACAGACAACCCCGGAUUGUCCACCAAAUUGGUAGCUCAAGCUGAUAGCAGUCGCACAUCGAAAUUAUCUCAAAGUGUCACAAAAUGUCGACCAUGCAGCUUGAGGAUGUUUCGCCCAAGUUCAACGAGGCCGUCCUGAAUGGCAUCAUCAAGGAUUACGGCGGUAACAAGUGCACGUCCUGGCGGUUCGCCGAUGGUCAAUUCGGUAAGGGAGACUCGUACCUAAGUGAGGUGUUCCGCAUCGAAGUCGAGGACGAAACGAGUCGCCAAGCGGAGGGUGAUACGGCCCUCAAGGUCAAUCUGGUGGUCAAGUGCAUUCCGAAGAAUGUGGCUCGCCGGAAAACGUUCCGGUCAGCGGAUUUCUUCCGCAACGAAAUAAACUUUUACAACGUGGUCAUGAGUGAGUUCUACAAGUUCCAAAAGGAGAAGCAGCCGAAGAAUCCGUUCAACGAUAUUAGCAAGUGUGUGGCUGCAUUCUCGGAUGGAGUGAACGAUUUUGUCGCGUUGGAAGAUUUGAAGCAAUUUGGCUACGGUUCGGCGUCGAGACAGGACGGUGUGGCCCUGGCCGAGUGCAUUCUAUGCAUGCAAAACAUCGGUCGUUUCCACGCCAUGUCCCUAGCGAUGAAGGACCAACGGCCCGAAACAUUCCAUUUUCUGGUGAAGAACAUCGAGGAGACCUACUACGCCAGCGGGUACAAGUCCUGGUACAGCAACUUCCAGAAAAUUCAAGUCGGUAUCGCCAAGGACGCCGUCGGUCAGGUUUACGGUGGAACCGAGCUGGAAGCGAAGGUGCACAAGUUCUUCGAUUGCGAUCUGUACGAAAAAAUGUGCUAUUUGACGCACACGCGCAAUCAAAACUCCGUAAUCAACCACGGGGACUGCUGGAUGCCCAACUUUUUGUUCCGGUAUGAUGCCAACGGUACUCCUACGUCGGCCAAGAUGAUCGACUUUCAGCUGGCGCGGUAUUCCUCCCCAGCGCUGGACAUUUCAUUCUUCAUUUACUCGUGCACCACCCAGGAACUGCGGGAGGCUCACUAUGAAGAGUUGCUGAAGGCGUACCACCAGAGUCUGUCGGACAUGCUGACCGAUCUGGGUUCCGACCCGGAGGAGCUGUUCCCGUUUGCGGAUUUGCAGAAGGAACUGCACGAAUUUGCCCGGUUCGGGUGCGGAAUGGGCAUCGAGUCGAUUCCGUUUUCGCUGCUGGACGAGAGCGAAGUGUCCGACCUGGACCAGAUUCAGGGCGAGGAGGCCGUUCCGAUCGAUCAGGUGUGGCUGCUGAAAAAUAUCAAAACUCAAGAGGGACGACGCCGGCUGGCCGAUAUGUUUAAGCACGCAGAUUCGUGCGGAUAUUUGGACUAGGGAAAAGUAUACUGGGAAUUCUUUUUUAACUUAGAUUGACGAAUUUAUGCAGAUUGCAUCGGUUAAAAAAUAUAUUAAUCUUUCAAUAGUUGAGAAAAA